AUGGCGCGCGUAGGCCACUCAGAGACUGUCGUUGGCUCUGCCGUCGUAGUACGCGAGAAGUUCUACUGGCCAGACCUGCAACUCAAUGUUUGGACCAUUGUCAUGCUGGCGACAGCCGGCACGAUAUUAGGCGUCAAUGCGCAGUUUAUGCAGAUACAGGAUCGCAUGGGGUUGGGCACGCCGUGGAUUAUGCCCUAUGGGGUGACAGUCGGCGCGCUCGCCGUGAUAUUCAUCAUCAUCGAAAUCGUGUACAUCAUGCAACGCAAACUGCUCCCGGGCAUUAUGAUUUUGCUCUCCUUCAUCCUGCUUGUGCUCUUCAUCGCCGGCAUCAUUGGAACUGCGAUUCAGCUGUUUGCUGGCCCGAACAUCAACAACCAGUGCAACGCGUACGUGUUCAACGACAACGUAAGCGGACCAAAUGCGAAUACGCUUGCGUUCCUGCAGCAGAGGAACAUCUGCCAAUGCUGGCAAGCCGUCUUUGCAUUCUGGAUCGUCGGCUCCGUCUUCCUCGUCUGGAUGAUGAUCAUGGCCAGUCAGGUCAACUCGAACCAAUACCGCGGCUAG